AUGGCUUCCGUUCCGCACUCGCUUCUCCAUUCCUCCUUCACCACCCGCGACUAUCACUCACCUCGCCUACUUCUCACGUACUCGAAGUCCGCGUUUUCCGGGGAAUCAAUAGAUACUUUUCGCCAGCAACGGGGGGUUCAUCUGAUCCCAGCCGUAGGAUCGAAUUUUCAUCAGCAGAUCGAACGGCGAGCCGGGAUCCGCGCGAUCGGAGGGCCGCCAGGCAUGGGCGCAUUCCCGCGCCCGCAGCAAGGCGGAAACGUUCUCAAGCUGGUGGUGAGCGGUCCUGUAGCCUCGCCUCUCGGCGCCACCAUUCUCUCUACGCUCUCCUCUGCUCGCGGGCUGCAACUAGCUGCUGUGGUGGACGGCAAUCCCGAGGCCAACGGGCGGGACGCAGGGGAGGUGGCGGGUCUACCUGAGCCUCUCGAGCUGCCAGUGGUGGCUGACGUCAUCAUGGUCCUGGCCUCCGUUGCUCAGUCGCGGUCUACAGGCGUAUACGUGGAUUUCUCUGGGGAUGCGUCUGCUGCAUGCGAGAACGUGCGACAGGCAACAGCAUUCGGUCUCAGCAGUGUGGUGGUGGGGGCGCACAUACCAGAGGAUGAGCUCAGUGGUCUCUAUGAGUUUUGCGACAAGGCAUCCAUGGGAUGCAUCAUCGCCCCCACCCUCAGCAUCCUCUCCAUCCUCUUGGAACGAGCUGCCACGCAGUUCGCCUUCCAUUGCUCGCAUGCACACAUCAUUGAGUCGCGAGCAGAGCUGACGCAGGCACCAUCAGAGGACGCUGUUCGCCUGGCCCAGCAGCUGGCUCAAGUGGGUCGCACCUUCAAUGGCAAUGACUCAUCCGAGGACCCGGCUCGGGGCUUGCUUAUGGAGGAGGGGGUGAGGGUGCACAGCAUGCAGCAGCCAGGGCUGCUGCAGAGCACAGACGUGCGGUUUGGGAGCAACGGGCAGACAGCAUCUCUCCGGUUGGACAUCACAUCACAUGCAGCAUACAUGCCGGGUCUACUGCUCGCCAUCAGACGAGCUCCCAGGUUGAAGGGUCUUGUGUUUGGUCUGGAAAAGCUCUUGUGA